UGAGGACCAGAGGGAGGAGCUUGUGCCUCAGCAGAUGAGCAUAAGGGCAGGACCUGAGCCUGGUAGCUCCUGGGAGAGCCGGGCUGGGAAGGGGAAAGUCAGGGGGUGUCCAGACACCAGCACCAUGUCGUAUCUGCCACAGGCGAGGGCUCAGCCUUGGGUGCUGCUGCUGCUUCUCUCAGGCUUGCAGACCCUUGUGAUCCAGGACUCAAAUUGCCGGCUGCAUGAGAAUUGGAUGGAUCAAGAAGACAUUGCAGUUUACCUCCCGCGCACCGUGGAGUUCGCCUUGCACACGUUCAACAAGCAAAGCAGGGACCUGUUUGCCUACAGGCUUUUGAGCACCCUGAACUCCAGGAAGGACAAGGACAGUUCCAAGAUAGUGUUCUCCAUGAACCUGCUGUUGGGCCGAACCAUUUGUGGGAAAUUUGAGGAAGACAUUGACAACUGCCCCUUUCAGCAAAGCUCAAGGCUGAACAACACCCUCAGCUGCUUCUUCACCAUCAGCUCCCAGCCCUGGCUAACACGGUUCGAGCUCCUGAACAAGACCUGCUCUGUGGGGCUCCCCUGAGUGGGACGCAGCCACAUGCCUGGCCACGUGCUGCCCUCUCCUUCCGCGGACUCCGGCAGUGUCAGUGGCGGGUGGAGCAGCCCCACGCUUGUUUGUCCUCCUGCUGUGCAUGUGUGUUGGGUUUCAUGACUGGGCUUGUGGAGCCUAUCAAUGGAGAAUCCACAUUUCUCCAGGUACAUAGUGUAGAAUAAGCCAUUAAACAUCAGCAUUUUAACAGGC